GAAGAGAUUUUAGCCCAGAAGAGCUGGAAUGGGAAAUGGCUUCGUCAGAUGGCGAAUGCGAAACCACUUGUGACAGCACGGAAGAAACGGAAGAUGAUAAAAUGUUCUCGAAGAUAACCAAAGAGAACACGGAAUUCAACUCGGACAACGCGAACUUGCUACAAAAGAAAUCGAAUACCCAAAACGGGGAGGAUGUGAGCAAAACGGGCACCGGCGACCGAAAAUUAGGCGGGAAGAUUCUAAGGAGAAGCGCGAAUGUCAGUCAGAUGUCGAAGAUUGACAGGGGGUCGCAGGAAAAGAGGGCCACGCUACCCACUAAAUCCAAACGCGAAGAAGCUAAAGAAAAACUUUCGGCAGAAAAUAAUUCUAACGAUGAACCAGAAUGCGGAAACAAAGACAUAGAAUGCGGAACGAGUGAGCCGAAAAAUAUCGAUACUCCCGUUUCGAAAAACCUGGUAGGAAUAAAUGCGAAUCAAACUGCCCAUUCAAGAAUAAAUAACGAUUCGAUAAACGUCGCAAUCACGAGCGAUAAAACGAACCAAGCGGCAACGGGCGCGGGAGAGGUUACCUUUGUUAAGAAGUCAGUUUCGGAAGUGGGGACUAAAAAUAGCUUGGCGUUCAUAAAUGGAGCUCUGCCCGAUCUUCAGAACUCUCCGGCUGACGGUGGUGAAGGGAAGAAAAAGCCUGGGAUGCUUUCCGACGCGGCCGAAGAGAACACUUGGCAGGAAAGGAACUCACCUGAGUCAGGUAGCAAUGAGUGGCAAGAGGGCAAUCUUCCCGGUCAAAUACUCCAGGCCAUCAAUACUUCUCUCACAAACAGGCAGCAGAUGAAGGAAGAGGAAGAAAACAUGGAGCGCAGAGAAGAAAUGAAUUCGAUAGAUGAAAAAUUUGACCAAAACGGUACGAUUCAGCCUGUUCGAGAUGAUGGCUCUGAAGAGGAACGUGCAGACUGCUCGACGGACGAUGCCCCUCUGAAUGUAGAGCCCCGCGCAUCCUUCCUGCAUGGAAUUGUUUCCAAUGGCAGUGCAUCAUCAAAACCUAGUGCUAUCUACGGCCCUGCAUCGGACUUGUUUAUUUCUAGGAGUGAUUCGUCAUCGUCAUCAUCGUCGGAUGAGCUUCGCAAAAGUCAAAUAUCAAUAAACGUCAUCGUUAAUGGAGAAAAAAGUGUGGAAAAUGAGUCUGAAGAAACAGAGAAUGUUGACGAUGGGAAGAAUGAGACAAAAUUUGAGGAUGAAUGUAUUAAAAUAGAUCAAGCACAUUAUAAACCGAAACCGAAAAUUCCAGCGAAGCCAUCCAAACAGGUGUCAGAAUCAAAUUCGAAACAGCAUGAAAAUAAUUCCAACAGCAAAUGUAAUUAUGAUAACUUUAAUCAUCUAAACAAAAGAAAGUCAGAAAGUGAUAUUGUUCAUGGUGAAUAUUAUUCCUCUGUCAUUGAAGAGCCAGAACCAUCAACAUUGAUAGAUCAUUAUGCUGAAAGCAAUAUCUAUCAUGAAGUGAACAUAGACUCAAAAAUACAAGAACACGAACUGACAAUGAAAUCGAUUCCUGUUCGGGAAUCUAAAUUAGCAGCUCUUGCAAUGGAAUUGGAACAAGUUCGCCACUGUAACGGAAAUAUGAAGCGCCAAGCGCCACUUCCUCCGAAAAUUCCAGAUCCACCUUUAGAAGACCCCCCAAGUUGUGCAGACAAAAACUCGUCCCCAGUAGCAACCCAUACGUUCUCCAGCUUCAAGGGAGAAGUUGCGACUUUCUCAUCGGCAUCUUCCACAACUUCGAAUUCUUCUCAAGACACAGAAACGGGAUACGCCUCGUGGAAUCUGAAUGGAUACAACUUGACGGAUGAGCAACCACCGAAAUAUCCGAAAACCUCUAAAAGUUCCUUCCUCUUGACUCAGUACUCAAAGUGUAAACAAAUGGCCAUCAAUUACGCAGAAGAUGGUGCACGGGCAAGGAAAAAAUUUUCCAUAAAGAAACUGCUCAAAAUCCGUAAAGAAUCCGAAACACCUGGCGCAUUUGAUCCUAACUGCCCAAACCCCAAAGCUUGGAAAUACAAUGACCACUUUGAAAAACCAAGAGCCAAACUUGAAAUAAUACAUCCAAUGGAUUUAGAAAUCAAAUCAGUCACAGUCAACCCUGGAUUUGAUUCUGUCAACACAGGGUCAGUAAGGUCUUUCACAUCCAGUACAGAUGACUUGUCGUUUAGAAAUAGCAUCUCUAGUGAUUAUGGGAGCUAUUAUUCAGAUACAUUAGUUCCAACCCAGGAAUCUAAACUGGAAGUCAACUAUGAGUACAUUCAACCUAGGAUACCACAAGAGGAUGACAGUCAACAUGUAAAAGAGGAGAGUUGUUCCACUACUUCUCCAACCCCUUCUCGUUCAUCUGUUAGCUCAUCGCAAGCAAGUUCUAGUAGUUCAAAUACCUCUUCUAAGAAUGGAACGACGCAUCGCCCUCCUAAACCACCACCUCCUCCCAGAGCUCAUUCUUUGUUGCCUGGGAACAAAGUGUCUCGUAAUUCAGAUGGAACUUACAAGUUUCCUGUGUCCAGUGUUGAGAGCCUCGACAGUGAUGUAUCUUUACAUUCACCUGGCAAACCCCAAGCUCCUAGAAGGCAGUGUAAGACAAGUGCACCAAAAUUAGAUAGUAAUUUUGAAGAUCAAAAGAUCACAACAAGCUCCAGUGUACCUAUUAGUACUUGUAUUUCUUCUGAGGCUAUUUCUAUAUCUUCAACAGAAAUUUUACAUUGUGAUAUUUCAAACUCUGGCAGCUACAAUUCCGCUACAUUUAGUGUACAAAUGAGUAGUGUUGAGACCCAAGACAAAGAUCUGGUAAAAGAAGAAAACAGUGAAGAAAAUUUAGAAUUGGAAAAUAAUUGCAGGUCUGAUGAUGCAGGGCUUGAUUCCAGCAAAAACUUAAUGGAAAGCAGAGAACUGCCAACCUUUUUAAUAGUAAACAAAAAUUUGGAAAAUUCAAGCUGUGUGUCAAAUUCUGAGCUUAUCCCUUCUGCUUCUAUUACCAUAUCUUCAACCAAAAUCAGUGAAGUUGAAGAAAAGUCAUCUCUGCCUGCAAAAGCUAAAUGCUCUCCUAUAACCAAGGCUCCUGCAAGGCCCCCUCCUAUCUACUCUAAGCCAAUAUCGGUGAACUUUGUAAAAAACCCCAAGCCGUGGAAGACUUUGGAAGACAGUUACUUGGUAUUGAGCUCAUCAAAUAAAGAGUUGCUUUUGAAGCUUGUUAAUCAGGCUUUGAAAAGGAGGAAAGAUUCCUUAUCUGUAUUUCGUAGAAUGCAGUUUCAGUGGAGUGACUUCGAAAUAGAUGCUAGUCAACCUUCGUCCGUAUUUGCUUUUGGGGAGAAAAUUGCUUAUCAUGCAACUAUGCCGAACCACAAGAAAUGUUCUGUGACGCUAGUAAUCACAAUUCAGGAGCAACAGAAUAGAUUUCAAGAUGGCCUUGAUUUCAAGUACCCAGUUUUAGGUCAAUUCACCGACUUUAUACCAAGUGACUUAUUAGACAAUUCUUGUGAUGCCGAACUAGAUUCCAUGCAAGCAAGAGUUUUAGUACUUAGCCAUUCAAACAUAACCACCAUUGAAUGUUAUACCGAGAAUUUACCAGAAUCCUUAACCGAAGAAAACGAAAAAGAACUGUGCUUCAUAAUUCUACAGCUAAUACAGUCAUUAAAGUCCCUCCAAGCUCAAGGAAUCGAAUCUAUGGAUACCAGCUUUCAAAACCUGAUUUUGGCUAAAACAACAUUAGAUAGAUAUUAUACUCUCAUAUUUUUGUAUGACAGUUGUUAUGACGAAAAUGAUUAUUCAUCAGACACUAACAGAAUUUCGUUGUGUCAAUAUGCUUUGUCGUUGCUUUUCCAAAUGCUCAAAAUUCAGUCUGCAGAGGAGUUUCAGUCCAUCUCUUCUCUAAAAUUUUCUUCGACAAUGACCAGAAAAGUUUACCAAGCAGUCAUUUCGGUGUUGUCGGAAGAGAAGGCCAUUUCCUUGUCGCAAACUAAAGUAUUGUUGGAAUGCUUCUUGUGGGGUAUUACUAAAGUUAUUGAAAGUUCUGACGACGCCGACGACAUUGAAGCCAUGUUUCAUCGGUGGAUCGAUAUCGAAAGAUCAAAUUAUGUUAAGAAUAUGGUAAAUGAUGAGCCGAAAACAGACAUUAACACUCAAAAUGAAUAUUUUUCUCAAUUUUUAAUAAGAACAAGUGUAAGAAACAUACGAGAAGUGCUCUCUAUUUUAUAAACAUUAGAAUAAUGAAAGGAUAGAUGUAAUGUUGUUUUUCUUUGCCAAGCUAUGAUAUGCACGCCAUGUUAAAAAUAAUUUGUAUGUGUACACUUGACAAAAAAAUUGAAACAUGUAGAUUAGGAUGGUUCAAAAAAGCUUUUUUUCAACUAGAGUCCAGGACACCCCCUAUUUUUUUAAGACUUACUAAUAGUAUUGUCCUGUAAAAGUUUUAGCUUCUUACUCAAAUUUUAAGAGGGUGCUCAAUGACCCCUCAAUUUAACAUUAGCCGUAACAUAGAAAAUGUUACGAAUUUAGAAACAUUGAAUUUAUCCGGCUGUUUUUUUUUGGAAAUAAUUUUAUUGCAAUGUAUAUAUGCAUAUUACUUGUGUAUAUUAUAAUAUGUUGCAUUGUUUUUUCAGUUCAAUGUAUUUUUUUAAGCCCCCUCCCUAUACUUAUGAAGUUUGGGGGAGGGGGGUUGAGCACCCUCAUUCAGUUGAAAUAGGAAGCGUCUUCCAGUAUAUUACUAUCCACAAGUUUAAAAAUAUUGAGGGGUGUCCUGUUAUCUAGGGGAGUUUUUUUUUUACAUGUAUUUUUGAACCACCCUAAUGUAGAUAGAAUAGUAUUUUUUACUACCAAUAUUUAUACUGCUAUACUGGAUGAGCAUUUUAUUUUUUUAUUAAUAUUUUAUGUGUGUUCAAAUUUUAUUUCAAUAUUUAUUCCUGAAGAACAUUUUUUAGAUAAAAUGCUCUUUCUAGAUGUAAACUUUUAAUCAAUUUUCAUCAUUUUACUGUAUUAGAACUUUUGCACAGUGCUGAAUAUCUCCAGCAGAUUUCUCUCACUGAAAAGAAUUUGUAAAUUUUGUAAAUAUAGAUACACAUGUGUGUGUGUAUUUAAAAAAAUAUAUAAUAUAUAUUUAAUAAAUUUUUUCAUUUUG